GACUAGUCCCAGUGACAUGGAAGUUUCUGGUGUAUUUCCCUCAAGGUCGUGAACAGGCUGAACUAACUGGUCUCCGACUUGCAAGCUUGGGGUUGAAGUUUAAUAAAAUUGUCCAUUCCUCCAUGACCCGUGCAGUAGAAACCACUGACAUCAUUAGCAAACACCUGCCAGGGGUCUGCAAGGUCAGCACAGACCUGCUGAGGGAAGGUGCCCCCAUCGAGCCCGACCCGCCUGUGUCCGACUGGAAGCCCGAAGCUGUGCAGUAUUACGAAGAUGGAGCCCGGAUUGAGGCCGCCUUCCGGAACUAUAUCCACCGGGCAGACACCAAGCAGCAGGAGGACAGUUACGAGAUCUUCAUCUGCCACGCCAACGUCAUCCGCUACAUCGUGUGUCGGGCACUGCAGUUUCCUCCAGAGGGCUGGCUUCGCCUCUCCCUUAACAACGGCAGCAUCACCCACCUGGUGGUCCGGCCCGAUGGCCGAGUGGCGCUCAGGACCCUUGGGGACACGGGGUUCAUGCCUCCUGACAAAAUCUCCCGCUCCUGAGGCCUGCCUCAAGGACCAGCUCUCUGCAGCACCCUGCCCGGCUCUGGCCGGGGUGCCACUAACAACG